AGUCUGACCACUCCAGUUGACCAUCUGUCCGUAUCUCUCUCACCCCACAACCAACCAGAAACACAUCGCCCACCAAAACAAUAUACCGAAAUGGACUAUUACGAUGACGAGGACCCGAUGUACGAAGCUGAAGAUGUAGUCGACCCUCCAGCACAACCGACGAAUCGCAACAAUAACGCACGCCGGAUGGGCGAUGGCUUUGGGGGCAUGCUCAACUCAUUUAACGGGAUCGAGCGAGGAUUCGGGAUCCACACCGAUUGGCCUCAUCUCGGAAACCAGAUGAUGGGAUACGGUGGUCAUCCUUCAAUGAGGCCUCCAGCUAGAGCAUUCUCCAAAACGUACAAAGCUUACUCGACCGCCAUCUUGGAGAUCAAACAGGGUCGAGGUGAACGAACUGGUGGAAGAAGUAAUGUGAUGCACGGUGGAAAAAUAAUCAUGCCACAGGAUGCUCUCGUUCAAUUGACGGAAAUGGAUAUGGAAUCACCCUUCAUGUUUGAAAUUCGAAAUUCUUCACCGACCAAGAGGGAUCUGUUUACUCACUGUGGAGUCUUGGAAUUCAUAGCCGAUCCAGGAACCGUGCACUUACCUCAAUGGAUGAUGACUCGUCUAGAGCUGAAUGAAGGUGAUUCGAUCAAGCUCACUGGGGCCCGCUUGCCCAAAGGAAAGUUUGCCAAAGUACAAGCCCAAAGUACCCUGUUCUUAGAACUCGGUGAUCACAAAGCUGUACUCGAGACUGCUUUGCGGAACUUCUCAUGUCUGACCAAAGGGGAUAUCAUCGAAAUCUACCACAACAUGAUGACCUUUGAAAUUCUGAUUAUGGAGCUCAAGCCUGAUGACGCACCAGGCGUGAGCAUUUUUGAAACCGAUCUUGAGGUUGAUUUUGCAGCACCACUGGGGUACGUCGAACCGACACCGGUGCCCAGGGCACCACCGGCGACCAUGGCUUCAAAACUGAACAUCGACACCUCGGGCACGCAAUCAGUCGAUGCUCGUGGAAGCGCGGCCAAGGCGCCAGGAGCUCCACAUCCCGGUGGCGGCUCAGCCUCAUGGGAGGCUUUCAAAGGUGGAGGUCGAACGAUGGGUGGCAAGGUCGUUAAGGGAAAAGGCGUCCAGAAGAAGAAGAUUGAACAGGUCGAUUCGAGCAGUAAGAUCUUCAGGACUGAUGUGCAACGGAUUGUCACUGCGGACACUCAGAUUGGCGAUAGACAAGUGCCGGCUAGAUUGGAUUUACCAUUUGGGACGCUGUUCUUUGGAUUCAAUGUCAAGCCGUACGAACCAGCCAAAGCCGACGGUGAAGGGCCGGGAGCGCCAGCGGCUCCGUUUGCCAAGGUCUCGAGUAGCGGCAACACCUUAUCUGGCCGGUCUCGAUCGAUUGCUGAGGCUCCGGAACCAGCCUCCUCCUCAUCAUCAUCCUCUCAAGCCGCCCCUCCCGCUUUCUCUGGAGAAGGUCAUUCGCUCAGCCAAGGUAAACCUAAAAACGAAGUGAUUGUAAUCGAUGAUUGAUCACUUGAAUCUUAGUCCUUGUUGCGAUUUGUUGUAAAUGUAUCAAAUGCAAUAAUGCCAUAUUUCAGAACUAUGUAUCUCUCAGUUAGUGCUACUUGCUUGCACAUCAAUUAAGCCCAGAAGUAGAAGUAUGGUUGCUUCGACAUGGGCUGUGGGCCAUUCAUUAUGGUCGCUUUGUGAGUACAUAAGAAACCAGUCUGAUCAUUUUACAUGAAUUCACAAUAUCAC